CACUAUAUAUAUCCGUGGCUAACACUAGAGCCGUCGCAUAUAUCAUAUAUUUGCCAGCGCAGAGCUGUGUUUUAUUCCCCAGUGUGUGGUGGCUGCCCUGAAAACACUGUGUAAUUACUGCUUCAUUAAGCGGAGCGCCCCAGAGGAAAGAGCGAUAACCCUUAGGCCGUUGGACGCUGUACUGGAGGUGAUUAUUCUACACACACCAGCCCAUACAAGAAUGUUCAAUUAAAAACGUUUAUUAAGUGUCACGUGACUGAUGACAAAUCUAGCGCAUUUUUACUAUUGAACGUGUCUGGGUGUAGCGCAUUCCCACGAUCAUCGGCAGAGACGUUGGACAGUGUGUGUACGACCUGUGCUCCUUAAACGUUGGCGCGAAACACAAGAAUCCAACAAGAUGGGUUUGAACACAGCUUCACAGUUCCUGAAGAUAGCGGUGGUAUUGUCAUUGUUGGCUGCCAUCUUUCACGCAGUAGGAUUCGCCACCAACUCCUGGAGAGUGACAUGGACGUCCCACCAAGGCCUGUGGGAAACAUGUGUUGGCGAUCUCUGUGGAAAAUUCGACACACGGGAUAGUAAAUUCUUGGCCGUUCGUGCAAUGGAAACUAUCGGCUUGAUCAUGGUCUUAGCCGUCCUGCUCGUGGGUAUAGUUUUCCUCUGCGUCGACAACAUGCGCAGAAGGUCCAUCCGGAGCUUCCUCAUUUUAGGUUCGCUCUUGGGAGUCGUGGCCAUCACCAUCGGGCUCAUUAUUUACGGAGUGGAUUACAUCCAAAAUUGUGGACUAUCAUGUAAAGUCGGCUACUCGAUGGCAUUAACUAUUGUUGGAGGCAUCCUAGAAUUGGGUGCUGGCGUCACGUUUGCAUUGGAUCGGCCAAGAUAAAUGGAUUCGCCCAAGGCCGCUCUGCAAAUGGAUUCGUCCAAGAGCGCUCUGCAAAUACUCAUCCUACACACUGACUCUACAGACUGUGAAUAAGCCGCAUAGAGUGCGCAUGACCGGAAUGUCUUCGCGGCGGGACAAACAAACCCACGUGACCAUUGUACAGCCCUCAGCGGUCGCAUUCAAGUUCGAAAAUUUUCUGUCAGUUGGACGCCUGAAAUUUUACUUAAACUAUAUAGUUUUAAGUCGAAAAUAUGAAAAAUUCACAUGAAAAAGCCCUGGAGCUAAGCUGAACUCUGGACUGUCGCCGUAGUUUGUAAAGCUGUAAUACAGGCAUGAAAGGCCACGUGCUUUUAUUUGUCUUCCGCGCGACACGUUCUGCGCAGGCGUAUACCGAUGCGUGUUAAAACUGCUGUCUGGCUUAGAAAGAUAAUACUGAUUUUCUGCACUGUACAUGUAUAAAGGCAAGCAUUCCACUGACGUUCAUUUCACUUCGGAUUGUGUUUUUAUAUAUCAGUAAAUAACACAGAACAAAGGCAUAUCUGUAAUUAAAAUAUAGGCCUAUACAUGCAUAUUAUAUUAUGUACCAUAAACCGAGGUUUAUGAAUAAAAUUAGAAUAUCGCACCCUCUGAGAAAAAAUAGUUUCGUCACGAAGCAGUUGGUGCGAAAAGUUGCCAGAAAGUUCGUAAAGAACGUAUUUGCUCAUACCCUAUGUCUAUUUCUUUUGUGUCAAUCUAAUAAAAACGUAGCAGUUUUUAGGUGCCAUUUUUCUAUAGUGCUUUUGCUGAAAGAAGUGAAUUCAUAUGUGAGAAAUUCAUUAUCCCGUUCACGCGGGGAAAAUUGUGAAUAAACUCAAGUCUUGACUCUUAACUCUAACAGACGACUGCGAUCGCAAAUCGUCUUUAGUGAUGUAGUUAAACCCCACGAUUAAGCUCUCUGAUGUCACGCAGCGAGCAGAGGCGAAUGAACCCGUCAAAGUGUCCCUAUAACCGAAGUUUAGAAUCUCAUUUACAUCGGUUUACACUCAAAACAUUAAUCUGUUAAUUUUAACAGAUAGUCUGUUGUCUAAAUGAUGCUAGAAUGUAUUCUGUUAUUAAAACAUAACAUUCUGUCAUAUUCAACAUAAUGUCUUCUGCUAAAUUAAUCGAAUAUGUGUAUUAUAUUUAACGGAACAAUCUGCUGCAACACCAGAAUACAUCCCAGCAUCACUCAGACAACAGACUUUCUGUUAAAAUUUACAGAUUAAUUUUUUGAGUGUGGCUACCACUGCUGUGACCCAUAUACUCACCAGCAAUGCGGCGAUAAAUUGAAGACCACAUCUUUGAUUAAACUUGCUAAAGUUCGCUUGUGUGGCGACCACUGGAACAAAAGUUAAGAGUAACUUAUCCACAUUAUCUAAGCUUGUUUAAGUGUCAUUCUUAAAACGUUAGACCUACUCAAAGUCAUCCUCAUACUCAUUGUUUAACAAGUUUAGCUGUUCUUCGUGUGAACCAGGCAACACUCUUUGAUAUUUACAAUGCCCGCGAAACUGGUCAUGACCGUUAUUAUUGUUUUUUAAUCUUUUGCUUUGUUUUUGUGUUUUGUAAAAACAUAGAUCUACUGUGUUCUUUUUUAUGGAAGAAAAAAAGUUGACGAAAAAGUACAAAAAAAAAAAUUAAAGCUGUGUACAUAUUUGUUUAGUACUAGCACAUAAAAUGAAAUAUUUACAAAGUAGUAAGUCCAGCAUAGUAUCACAUAGUAAAGUACGAGAUGUACUUCAAUCUCAUGUUUGUUUUACCGUUUUAUACUUAUGCAUAAAAGCGGACAUCGUUGUCAUUUGGAGCAACCAAUCUGACAGUUUGGUUUAAGAAGUUCAAGUGGGGAAUUUAUGAAUAGACAAAUGGGAAUUUUGCCCUUUUGCGUGGUCAACGUUUUUACCCUCUUCAAGCUGUUAAUGAUAUACAGAAGCAAGCAUAAUAUAUCUUUAACCCCCAAAACACUCAUUUAUUAAUUUUAAAUAAAAUACUGAUAAAAUAUA